AUGCUUCUCAGCAAUUACCACAAUGCCGCCUCUUCGGUUACGAUUCCGUCUGCUUCCUGGUGGAAACACUUCUGGGGAUUGAAAGUUCUUCCACGGUUUAAGAUUUUUUUCUGGAAACUGGUGCGUGAUGUGUUACCGCUUGCCUCUUUGUUAUGUCAUCGAGGCAUGCCCGUAGAUCCUUUGUGUUCUCUUUGUCAUCAGGAUUUGGAGGUUAGUUCUCACUUGUUUAGGGAUUGUCCGCUGUUGCUUAAUCUCUGGUCCUUGGGGCCUCUUCGUCCGUUCUGUCCGUCAAGUUUGUCAGGGUCCUUUGUUCACUGGUGCCUUGAGUUUCUUAAUAAUCUUUCUCUAGCUCCUGUGGGUCUCUUGGAUCUGUUUUUCUCUAUGUUAUGGACUAUUUGGUCGCUCCGUAACAGUGCUCGGUUUCGGAAUGUGGUCUGGGAUCCGGGAGCGUUUAUAGCUAUUGUGGAUGUCUGGCGAGGCCGUUGCUCUGAGGUGCGGUCCCUUCACCAGCGUACCGUUGUUCGUCAUCGAUGCCUCGGGGCUGCUAUGAGUUCUGCUUCUUUUGUUGCUGUUUGUCCUUCGUCAGCUGUUUCUGAUUUUUCCGCUUUCGAUAUCUGUGUUAUUUGUGAUGGUGCUUGGAUGUCCUCUUCGAAUGAGGGAGGCCUUGGUUGGAUCCUUCAGAAUCCUUCCACGUCAGCUCAUGUGGGAGGUGGAGCACAAGCUUGUGUCUUGGCUUCCGCUCUUCAGGCUGAACUCUCUGCUUGUCUUUGGGGGGUCCGAAUGGCUAUCUGUCGUGGGUAUUCUCGGAUCUUGGUUUAUACAGACUCUAGCUCUGUGGUUGCUCUGCUUUCUGGUACCCCUUCGUGUCCAAUUCAGGUCUUUUGGUUAGUUUGCCAACUUCGGGAACUCCUUCAGGACUUGUCAAGGAUUUCCAUUCGCAAGGUUCCUCGUGCUGCGGUUAAACCAGCUCAUACUUUGGCUACUUCGGCUCGUCGUCGCCAUCUUUUGCACCAUCGGUUUUAG